GCGCGUGACUCUGUGUCACUCAUAUGACGUCAUGCUAGCGCUACAAAACAGCACGGAGGUAAACACAAUAGAAGCUCGUGCGGCUGCAAGCAAUAAGCCCAUAUUUUUGGGUUGGACCCAGGCAAAAUGUUAAUUUUUGUGCGACCUAUUUGGGCGAAACAGCGAAUAAUGGAUGUACUUUUAUAAAGCUGUCUCAAGUGAACUUCCCUCUAUCGACGAUGAACGCGCUAGUGGCUCUCUGUCAUUUUUGUGAACUCCAUGGACCGCGUACACUGUUCUGCACCGAGGCUUUGCACCCUCCGUCGCCGUCACCUUCCUCCCUGGCAGGCGUUGAAGUGCCCGGGGACAGAGAUGUUGACCGGGACGGUGAAGGACUCACCAUGAGGGCCAACAGUUCGGCCACACAAAGGGGAGAAAUGUGUGAGGGGUGUCGCUCCCUCCCUGCAUCCCACCCAGGCUUCAUGAGCAUCGACGACGAGACGGGCAUUCGCUUUGUGAGCCACCAGCAUCCCAGAGAGCCGCAGCUCUUCAGCAUCGUGCGCCAGGCUUGCGUACGCAGCCUCAGCUGUGAGGUAACUGGUGACGUGUGCCCCGGGCGCGAAGGGCCAAUUUUCUUCGGGGACGAGCAACACGGUUUUGUGUUCUCACACACGUUCUUCAUCAAGGAUAGCCUCGCUAGAGGCUUCCAGCGCUGGUACAGCAUCCUCAUGGUGGCCAUGGACCGCAUUUACCUCAUUAACUCCUGGCCUUUUCUGUUACGCCACCUCCGACUGACCAUACAGAGUCUGCAAAGCACCGCCCUGAAGGUGUUUGACAACGAGCAAGGCGUUUGCCCCCAGCGAGCGGUGAGGAUGAACAGCGUGUUCUCUCCCGCGGUGUUCCCGCACCAGAGGAGCGGCAACGCAGCCCGCUCCCUCACGUCUCUCACGCAGCAUCCCAAUCUGUGGGCCAGCCUGCACUCCUCCUUCAGUUGGCUGCUGAAGGCCUGCGGUAGUCGUCUGACGGAAAAACUGCUGGAAGGGGCCCCCACCGAAGACACGCUUGUGCUCAUCGAGAGACAGACAGAACAAGAGGAGGAACUGAGCUGCUGGGAAGGAGCCGAAGGGGGCAUUUCCAAGCCCCAGGGGCACCAAUUAGACAGUGAAGUGGAUCACGACGAUGAGUCGCCCGGUCCCAAGUUUCGGUCACUCAGGCACUUGAGGCAGGCGCUCGGGGCCGCUGACUUUCGGCAGGUGGCGUGGCAUGUGCUCAUGGGAAAUCAGGUCAUCUGGCGAGGCGCCGACCCCAGCCUCAUCCAGUCUGCUUUCACGGUACUUAAGGCACUGCUGCCGGUAGGCUGUGUGCGUUCAAUUCCCUACAGCGCUCACUAUGAAGAGGCCUACAAAUGCAACUUCCUGGGUCUGAGCCCAGAUGUGGCCAUUCCAGCCCAUGUCAUCUCGUCAGAAUUUUCAGUGCUGGUGGACGUCAGCUCAGAGACAGGCUGCCCAAGCCCACCGACAGAAGACAAUAUCUGCUCGCUUUACCAAUUCAACAUGAGCAGUGCCAACACCCAACCCACAGACAGAGGCCCGACGUUACUCAACAAACUUGAGGUGGCGCUGUCCAACGAGAACCUGUCGGUGGACGUAGUGUCCCACUGUCUGCUCUGUUUGAAGGAGGAGUGGAUGAACAAGGUCAAAGUGCUCUUCAAAUUUUCCAAAGUGGACGGGCGAGGCAGGGAGGACACCCAGAAGGUUCUGGCUCUGCUCGGCACUACGGGGCCCGGCGAGGAGGACAACGUGAGGCUGCUCAAGUUCUGGAUGACGGGACUCAGCAAAACAUACAAGAGCCAUCUGAUGAGUGCCGUCCGGGGAGGGGAUAGGAGCCCCAGCCAGUGACGAAGACUGAAAGACUCAAUGAAGUUAUUGUACUGGAGAAAGGAAAGUGAAAGUAAAGAAUCCUUUCACGGUUGUCACCAUUUGCUUCUCUUUACAAGAAUUGAAUGGACACCCUGGUUUUUCCCCAAAGUUAUGAGAAUUUGUGCAUAUGAGAUUAGACUUGUGUAUUUUUCUAUUGGAAUUGUACAAAUACGUCCAUUUUAAUUUAUUAUGCUUGUUGGUUGCUUUGGUAAUAAAAUGAUUGAACGGA